GUCGUGCGCUCUGUCUUUGCAGAGCUGGGGCUGGCGUUGAGCUGCCAGAGUUGGUCAUGCCGCCCUGAGACGUGUGGUACGCCCCACAUCAGUGCCAUGCCUGCCCUCUUUGCUCCUCGGAGGGAAUUGGAAAAGAGGUAGCAUUUCGUAUUUCAGUAUGGACCAUUUUGAAGACAUAUCAGAUGGUGAAGUGGAUCAUGCUUUCUUUGACAGUGAUUUUGAAGAAGAGAAAAAGAAAGCUGAAGACAAUGGUGAAUGUAUAGAGAAAGAAAGUACAAAGGCAGCUCUUGCAGGCAUUGAUUUAGUUUCUAAUUCAAAGGAUGCAAAGUGUGGUAAGGAGGAAAGUGAAGAAAAGCAAAUAGAUUUGCAAAAGCAUCAAUCCCCAGAAAAUAGCACAGAUCGUCUUGGAGAUGCUUCAUCUCUCUCAGUUUCUCCAGUUGCAGAGAAUGCAGGUGCAUCUGGAGCGACACCUGCAGCAAAUAAAGGAACACAGGAGAAAACUCCUGCUGGAAUCCCCAAAAUAGUUAAAGAAGGUGAAGAAGACUAUUAUACAGAUGAAGAAGAUAGUAGCGAUGAUGGCAAAAAACAGAGGGUCAGACCAAAGUCAACUAAGCAACCAAACAACAUAAAAAAGGCUAGCAAAAAAUAUACUAAUAUUAGCUCCUCCUCUUCUUCUUCCUCCUCCUCGUCCUCCUCCUCAUCAUCCUCAAGCUCAGAUACAGAUUGUUCUGAUACAGAUUCUGAUAGCUGUUUAUCAGAUUCAUCUCAUUCUUCCCCAAAGAAGAAUGUUUGUAGAAAUGCUCUUUUGUGUCCAAAACAAAAAUUCGAGUCAGCAAUGAAAUUAGCGGAAGGAAAACCAAAGCUUGGUGGGGACUUGGAGGAGUCUGAAGACACAGUGACUGACGUAACACCUUUGUCAACUCCAGACAUCAGUCCUAUCCAGUCUUUUGAACUUGUAGCAUCAAAUGAUAAGAAACUAAAAGUAAAGAGACAGGAAAAUGUGAACCAAGAAUUAUAUGAUUCCGAGUUCGAUCGUAGAUAUAGUCGAAAAGUCUUGCAUGAUGCCAUGGAUCUGAAUCAGCUUUUGAAAGCUUUCUUACAGCUGGAGAAAAAAGAACAAAAACUAACCAUCGAUCAGCCACCUAAAGGAAUAAGGAAAAAUUAUUCUUUCACAAAUGAAGAAGUAAGACAGAUCGAUCGGGAAAACCAAAGGUUGCUGAAAGAACUGUCCAGACAGUCUGCAAAGCCAAGAAGAAGUACCACGUUGAAGAAAACAUCUGUACCGUCUCCUAGAUUGUACCACAGUGCCCUCAACAGGCAAAAAGAGCAGCAAAGAAUUGAAAGAGAAAACCUGGCUUUCCUGAAAAGACUGGAAGCGGUGAAACCAACAGCCGGGAUGAGACGUUCUGAACAGCUGAGGGACUAUCACCGCCAGAUGAGUUAUCUGAGUUCUUCACCUUCUGUAAGAAGGGCUAAAUCUCCUUUCACCCAGCUUAGUCCUCCAAGAGGAACUUCAAGAUUAUCCGCUGUACAAAAUACACUGAGCCAGAGAAACGAAAAGCCCAUGUCUGAUUUAGCCAGUGGGGUAUUACAGAGACCUAAACCCACUAAUGUCCGUGCUGCUUGGUUGUAAGUGUGUUCUUUGCCUCGCGUUCUGAUAUGAUCCUCAGACUUCUAUUUUUAGUGCUUUUGUAAAUUCUAUGUGCAAAAAUAUUUCUGCAUUGUUCAGUGAUUACAAUGCAUUGUGUUUAAUAUAAUUGCUUAUAAAAUGUUUCUAAGUGAACACUUUCCCUUAUUCAGUGUUUUCCAUGAGAGGAAGAACUUAGGAAAGAGAGGAAGAUAUCUAAAUGGACAAAUUAAAUAGAAAUUUAACUAUUAUUUUAUUCUCAGAAGUGGAAUUUGUAUCCGUAACAUGGAAGGACAGAAUUACUGCACUUAUAGGUGCAAGAUGUAAAUAAAAUCUUUAAAAUGUUAAUAAUACUUUAAAUACUGCAUUAAAUUCAUAAGUAUAUGCUUCAUUCCUGUAUUGUCCUUGCUUUUCAUCCUGGCUUUAUGUAAGCCUUCUGAAAUUCGUGGGUCAUGUUCUUGUGACUGAAAGAAUCUUUCACAGCAGUGUGAAGGGGUGCAAAGCAGAUUGUGUAUUCCUGCAUGGUGAGCUAGAAUACUGAGGCUGCAGAAGAUGAUGUUUGCCACUCUUAAACAUUCGACACCUGGAGUAUGUUUUGUACGCAAGGCUGUCUCUUCCAGAAUUAAAAGGAUUUGGGAAGUUGUAUUGGAUCUCGGAAGAUGUAUUAGGACAUUUGUGUAGGAAAGAAGCAUCUGA